GUGACUUUUGUUGCUGCUGCGUGCUGUCUAGUUCAGCCGUCUGUCACCGUUCAAAAUGAGUUUGUUCCUACUCAAACUGUCCUCUAAGAAAGACAUAGAUGAAGCCAUUAAGACGGUGGCGGAGAAAGUCUUGGUUUUGAGGUUUGGUAGGGACGACGAUUUCGUGUGCCUUCAGUUGGAUGAAAUACUGUCUAAAACUGCCCACGACUUGAGUAACAUGGCAUCCAUUUAUAUCGUGGACGUGGACAAAGCUCCGAUUUAUACCAGAUAUUUUGACAUCAGCUUCAUCCCAUCUACAGUGUUCUUUUUCAACGGACAACACAUGAAAGUGGAUUAUGGCUCACCAGAUCACACAAAGUUUGUCGGGAGCUUCAAAACAAAGCAAGACUUCAUGGAUCUAAUUGAGGUGAUAUACAGAGGAGCCAUGAGAGGGAAGAUGAUCGUCCAGAGCCCUAUUGACCCUCAAAACAUUCCGAAAUAUGAUCUUCUUUACCAUGGAAUCUGAAGUGAAAGAGUUCCUUUCUUUUGUAAUUCUGGACACAUAUUUUUCACCCAAUGCUUUGUGUAUUUGGUUCAUCAUUGACCUUAAAAAGGAUAAAAGCAGCUGUUUCUUAACAACAAAAUUAUGUACAGUAUAAGUGCUAGACCUAUUAGGUACUGACCUAAUAUUGACCUUGACUCAUUGUGUGUGUCAGUACAACAAAUAUAAAUGAAAUGUGAAUUUGAAGUUUAAAAAAAAGUCUUGAGCAACCUUUGGUUUAAAUGAUGGGACAUCAACAUGGCAUUGUAUACAAGUCUGGAGUAAAUGAGACGACAGAUUGUAUAGGUUUGAGUUGGAUUUUGUUUUAUCUGAUUGAUCUUGAAUGUGUGAAUGAAAGUGUUUUCUGUAUCAUUGGUUGUAACGCACACUUUUGAAUUGCCAUGUUUCCGAUGGAAAAUUGUUUUAGUCUGCAGACAAAUGUUUUGUUUGCGCUGUAAAAUAUAAAAUCAUGGUUGAUAUUAAAUAAAAUGUUGAAAAUAC